AUGCAAGAUAGUGCCGACCUUGUUGGGCGCGAGGUGGAGCGCCUCAUUACAGCUCCAUAUGCUCCCUCCCUCCAGGACCUCUAUGAAUUGGUUCAACAUACACCUACUGUGUCACUCCGCUCUUGGGCUUUCCAUAAGCCGUGCCAGGUUGGGGCUCUGGUUGAUGCUCUGGUAGACGGCCUGUCUCGCUCCAGCUUCGCUUUACAUUUGAUUAGCUCAUUCACAUCACUAGCUGCUUUUCGCGAUAGCUUACUGGAGCGUUAUCCAUGUAUCCUGGACCAAUUUCUCAAGAAAGUUAUUGAAGAUGAUGGCACCGAGUAUAUCCCCGUAUGCACCGCAAUCCUGUCGUCUCCUCUUCCGGCUGAUUUUAUCCCACCCGCACGACUUGCGCCCUUCCUCAGGCAAUUGAUUAUCACAACGGGAGACAACCCAUGCGCGGAAAAGAUCCUUCCCAUUUACAAGAUCAUGACCGGUUUGCAGACCUCACCGAGAGUUCUCCAUAGCAUCCCCUCGGAGAUCAUGUGUAGCCUCCAAAUAGAGCUCACCAAAACGCUGCGCAAUCUGGAUGAUCAUAUGGGCAACCUCCUUUGUCUCGCUACCUUUGCUCGUGUCGCAUCUUCUCAGAAGUUAUCUAGAGGUGAUGAGAGCGCACAGCAAGUUCCUGGCUGGUUACAAAACAUUAACCAUUUCUUUGGCGCAAAACGUGGCCUGAAAACGUUAGAUCUCGUUGUUCUGCGCGUAAUCCUUGCUUGCUCAACGAGCUGUCAAAGUCUAAUGGCCGAUCAGGCCGCGGAAAGUAUUAGACUAGGAAUUGAUAUAUGUGCGACUGUGGAGGGAAGUCAGCGAGAGACUUGGAUACAGACUAACUCGUCCAAGAUUGCUAAGCUUUGUGAGAAAGUCACGAGGGAUAAUACUGAACCUGAAGUGCAAAUGCUGGGUAUAACAUUCUUAAUUUCUCUCCUCCCAACGGCCGCCUUACCAUCUGGAUUGCCUGAAGUCGCUUUGCACUGGCUCUUGUCGGAGAACAGCACACGUAUACUGGCAGCACUGCCGCAAGAAUACAUUUCACGUCUAGCAGAGGCGAAUGUGCUCUGUCCGGGGCAGACUGCGAUAUGUAGGAUCAUGGAUUAUGUGAUUGCCGCAUUAAGCCCGAGGUGCUCCACGAAUGCUGCCAAUGUGGAUACUAUCCAAGUGGCACAAUCGCUUGUAAUCGGGUUACAAAAUGCGGUCUCACACGGCUUCAGUUCUACAGCAGCGGAAGCUACUUUAACACGGCUUAAGGGAUCCAUCGAUGAACUAAUCGAAGACUUUCCAAGACGCCCUUGCUUACCAUCGUGCCAGAACUCCGCCAUAUGCUACACAUUCAUUUCAGAGACAGAGAACGAAUUGCUCUACGAGCUAUUCUCAUUAUAUUUUCAGGCUUCGCUUUCACGAAGCCCAGAUCAAAAAGCUUCCCACAUGGCGCACAUCGAUUCUUUUCGAGCAUUUAUGCUCAAAGCCAGAAAACCCACCUGCCACAAUACCUGUUCGUUUUCCGAAAUUAAACCUCUUGAACUUAGGGGAACACUCUCAUCUUUGACGAUCCGCGAUGGACGUCCUAUUUCAAGAAAUGAUUGGAGAGCUGGGUUAUCAGAGACUCUCAUGUUAAACGCACGCACAUCCCAUGACAGCAUGAUACAAAAAGUUGAGGAAAUAUGCCAUGACCUUGAACGCCGUUGUGGCAGUAUCGAGGCUCCUUUAAGGGCCGUCGAAGAAGAGCGACACAAGAUCUCGCUCGAAGCACAGGAACUAAAACGACACAAUGACGAGAUGGAAUUGCAGUUGCAGCAAGCGUCCAAGACAAUUAAUGAGCUUCAGGAGAACCUGUCUUGUCUCACAACUCAUGCUGAAACUGCAUCUGCUCGUAUUGAUGAGUUGACAGUAAGCCUUGAUGCGGCACGAGGAGAGCUAGAGGAUCAGCGGCGCGACUCCCGAGAGACUGCCAACCAGGACCGAGAAAAUGCAAGAACAAGAGAGCUGGACUUGAUUGCCUCUGUGGCAGAGAAAGAGGAGCAGCUGGAACAGUUACAGGAAGACGUCCAUCAACAGAGGGAAGAGAGCGGUCAGUUACAGCAGAUGCUGGACGCUAGGUCAAAAGAGAGAGACGCCGUUAUUGAACAAAAUGCGAUUUUGGAGCAAGACGUAGCGAAGCUUCGUGAAUGCGUAGAGGAAAAUCGGCUACUGUUAACGGGAAAGGUUGAGGAAGUCGCUCGACUGCAGGCUGCCAAGGAAGAUAUAGAGACCAUGAUGGGAACCUUACAAAGCAAGUUAAACGAAGAGGUUUCGGAAUCCGACAAUAUCAAAUCCGCCCUUUGUGAAGCUGAACUGAGUUUCAAGACAGAGUUGGCUACUGUCAGGGAGCAGUUCGAGGCGCAAUUGUCCGCCAGUGCUGCAGAGGACACGAAACAAAAAGAAGAGAUCGCAUCGUUACAGGCUACCAUACAGACUGCUGCCUCUGCUGCCACUAAGGAGCUGCAAACAAAAGAGAAGAGAAUACAGUACUUGGAAAAGAAGGUGCAACAUCUACGAGAUGAGCGAGCAGCCAAAGCACGUGAAUUUUCAGAGGCCCAGCAACAUAUCACUCGACUGAUGGCAGUGAUGGGCUGGAAACCCGACACUGGAGAUACAGCAAGCUCAGACAAACAAUCGCGGUCCAGAACCACCCUGGGACCGUCACAAACGGCAGUGACACAACAACAAACGCGCCCCGAGGCUGAAUACUCACAGCCACAAGCUGAUAACAUUCUUGUCCAGUCUUUUGAGACCGAUACGUCCCAUUUUGGCGGGCGUAGUCCGAAGAGAUCUAGAAUUACCGCUUUCCCUAUGGCCGAGUUACCUGCAGAGUCUCAAGACAAUACAGAAAAGAAGUCGAGACAUUCAGUUUACCGGAGUGGUGGUACUAGGCAAUCGCGUGACCGAGUUGUGCUAGGAGACACAAAUCAGAAUAGCCAACCCAGCUCUCAAGAAAGCAACAACUCCAACUCAAACCGACGAAGAUCUUUCAAAGGCACUCAAUCAUACGGUGACACUAACGAGAACCAUCUCCAGGAUGUAAACCUGGAUAUGGAUCUGGAAUUUUCGAAGGAUUUCCUUUUCACCAGUACUUCUCUUUCUCAGGCCACUGAUGAGCAUAACCCUCGGCCCAAGACCUGA